AUGUUCAAUUUUGGUGGCGGAGCUCCAACUGAUAAGCCAGCAGCUCCUGGUGGCGGUUUAUUUGGUCAAUCUAAUACUAAUGCCGGAACAACUGGUGGUUUAUUUGGUAAUUCCAACACUAGCGGCGGUGUGAAUACGGGGAAUUUAUUUGGACAGAACAAUAACAAUGUUGGAGGUACUGGGGGACUAUUUGGUCAAGAUGCCUCAAGGCCUGGAGGUAACACUGAGGUCAAGCCAGGUGGUUUAUUUGGGCAAAAUAAUGUAUCUCAGGCAGGUGGGUUAUUUGGACAGAACAAUAACACCAAUUCUACUGGUGGCUUAUUUGGAAACAGUUCAAAUGCUGGCUCUGGAACUACUGGAGGCCUUUUUGGAAAUAAUACAACGAACACUGGCACCAGUAACCUCUUCGGCAACAAAACUGGAGGAUUAGGGCAGGGUAGCGGAGGCCUAUUUGGUAGCAGUUACGCGACCUCAAACACUGGCGGUCUCUUUGGCAAUCAAAGCAAGACAGCCGGCUUCCAACAGCAACAGCAGAAUACCCAGCCGAUGAACAGCGCGCUGAUGUCAAUUUCGCAACUCCCCAUAACCUCCAUGACUAGAAUCGCAGAUCUACCUCCCCAGGUCCGUCAGGAGAUCGAACAGCUCGACCAGUACUUCCAGCGCCAAGUCUCCAUCUCCCACCACCUCAAGGCCGACGAAGAAGAGCAUAUGGAACUCAUCAAAUCUGUGCCACGUGACAUCCAAUUUUUGUUGAAGACCUACUCCAUCACGACUCAGUCGCUCCAACAAGAUCUAAAACGCAUUCAGUCCAUUAAAAGCUUGACCGACGAUAACAUUCGUGACUCCGAGAGUUUCUCGCUUAUUUUGAAUCAGCUCUUAACUCCGGGAACGAAGGUUUCCUCCGCUGAGCUUAACAGGUUCUUUCAAGAGAAGAUCCAACUAUACAAUCAGAAAUUGGACGAGUACUUCAGAGUACUUUCCGACAUCAAAAGCGCCGUGAAUGGCUUAGAUAAUGAUAUGUUUGGUACUAAAGAAAACACUAACGGUGAAUUCGCCGAUCCAAUUAAGGCUAGCAUCAAUUCUAUUAUUGUCACAGUAAUUGAGGAAUUCGAGUUGUUCAUGGACAUGGCUGAACGAGUGGCACAAUUACACCAGAGGGUGAAAGAACUAAACGGAACAGGCAAGAACUCUAUAAUAUCGUCAUAA